AUGCCCGACGCGGACAGGACUGUUGACGUCAACAAGCCGCUGCCAAAACCCCCAGGCGAGGCGGGACCGCCUGCAGCAGGGGCACCUCAAGAUCACGGCGAGCCCAGAGCAUCACAUACAGCAGCGAGGUCUAAUCAGCCGAGGACAGACCAUCACCGCAGCCGAGGCGCUCCGGCGCCGCCGGAACUGCCAAAUGCAUGGAAAUAUGCUAUUGUUACCGAUUCAUCACUGGAGAAGGCUUUGGACGGGGUGAUCAGCAAACUACGUGAGUUGGAUGAUGCCAAUCGUCUUGUAUGCGAGAGGGAGAAGGAGAAGAAGCAGGAUAUCCGCAACAUCAGCGAUAUCAAGAAGCCGUUGCCCCUGAGGACGUCCAGGACAGGAGACAGCGCCUCACCGCAGGUACCUCCUCCACUACCACCCAAGGAGGACACGUACAGCGCGGCGGGGACGAGACCGGCCACGGGGCCGAGGCAGGAGAGGCGAUGGAGAAACGAAGAGGAGGAGGGGUCGGAAUGGGAGGACCAGGCAGACGAGCUCCCUCCGCCGCCGCCGCCGCCACCACCGCGCAAGCAGAGAAACAACGAGCAGACGUCGGCGGUAGACCCCCGCGACCGCGACAUCAGCGACCGCGACGUGCUCAAGGGCCUCCGGCUGGCGCUGGCGGCGGCGUGCGAUGAGGACUACGACGCGUGGAUCCGCGGCAGGACGGGGUUGCGGCUGCGGCGCUUCAUGGCGGACCUUCAGAGCUUCGAGGACAUGGAGCGCGAGGCGGCGGCGCUGGACGCGGCGGCGAGGGCCGACCAGCCGGCGCGCAGGCGCAGGGCGGAGCAGCGGAGGCAAGAGGCUGCACGGUGGAGCAGGCGGAUGAGCAAUGGCUAG